UCACUUUGACAUUGACAAAUAAUGAUAAGUAAGGUCAUAGUUUGACGUUUUGACAUGCUUAUAAAUUAAAGAAAAGAAAAAAUAAUGUAGUUUUUUAGAAUUUUUACUAAUGCAAUGUUAAAUAAAUCACGUAAAAAAGGUUUUAUUCUUGCGAGUGUCGCGUACAAAUCGAACAUAGUUAGCUAUGGACAGCGCAUCGAUGAAUCCUUACGAGGAACAGCUGUACACAGUGUUCAAAACGUUCGACGUAGAUAACGAGGAAGCCCUAGAUAAAUCUGCAGUGCUCGAUCUGUGCGACGCGUUGCAGCUGGAGGAUCGCGGCGCCGCGCUCGUGGACACGCUGUUCGAGCGGCGCGCCGACCGCGUCACCUUCACGCAGUUCCGCAACGGGCUGCUGUCCGUCCUCAGCGGGCCCGAGCGGGGCGACACCGCCGCCCCCGUACCCACUCCGGAGUCGCCGUCCGAGAAGGGUCCCGCGCCCGCGUUCGUAGCCCCGCACAGCGACGAAGACUCCUCGGGCCGGGAGGUCGCUCCCAAGUUCGUGUUCGGCUCCAAGAAGUACGGUCGACGCUCGAGGCCGCAACGCUCUCUGUCCGCGUCGGGCGGAUCGCCGCGGGCCGCGUCCGUCUCGCGACUCGACAGCGAAGAUCGGAACCGAACAUCGCAGCGCAUGCGGUGCAGACGAAGCGCCUCCGCGAUGGAGAGUCGCGACCUCGACUCGACCAACGACGGCGAGGACGUCGCUCUCGACGACUUCGACCACGAUCGUCGCAUCGACUGCGACCAGGCUCUCGCUCUCUGUAGAAAUCUGCGAAUGGACGGCAUCGAUCGAAACCUCCUCGAGGCCAUAUUCGGCGACUCGCAAACGAAGGAGCUCACGGUCGGAGAUUUCUUCGAUCGUUUGAACGCGUCGCUGACGUCGUCCAUCGAGGGGUCUCGGCCCGCCGGCUGCGCGGUCGCGCUCGUCGACGAGGGCUCCGACGAGGAAUCGGGAGUCGCGAGCGAGCUCGUCGUCGACGCGUGGGAGCGCGCCGGCGUGCCGCGGCCGCGCCGCCUGCUGCUCGAGCUCGGGUUCGCGGUCGCCGCGCUCCGGCCGCGGGACCUCGAGCGCGCGCUCGACGACGAGCUCGCCGCGCUGCCCGAGCCGCUCGGCGAGCGCCGCGACGCUCGCGCGACCCUGCUCGCGGCGGCGCUCGCCCUGGGCCGGCUGCGGACCGCGCGGGCCCGCCGGCGCGCCGAUCUCGCCGCCGCCGAGCGCGACAAGCUGCGCGCCGACGUCGCGGAGGCGAACAAGCGCGCGGACCUGCUCGCGCACGACGUGGACGAGAGCCACGCGCGGAUGGAGGCCGAGCUCGCGGCGAACCUGCGCCGGGCGGAGGCGCGCCACGCGGAGGCGGCCCGGCGCGCGGCCGACGAGGCGGGCGCCGAGCGGGAACGGGCGGCGGCGGCGCGCGCGCGGCUCGAGGCGGAGGCGGCGCGACGAGCGGAGGCGGAGGCGCGCGCGCGGGCCGAUGCGGACGCGGAGCGGGGCCGGGCGGCGCGCCUGGAAGCGCGAGCCCUCGCGGCCGAGGAGCGGGCGGCGGCGGCGGAGCGGGAGGCGGCGCGGCUGACGGAGGAGGCGCGGCGAGCGCGGCACGCGGGCUCGGGCGCGGGCGCGGGCUCGGACGGGUCGUCGGCGGGCUCGGGCGCGGCGGCGGGGCUGGCGGCGCUGGUGGAGUCGCUGCGGCGGGAGGCGAGUGCGCUGCGGGACCGCAACGACGAGCUGGAGGCGCUGCUGGAGGCGCGCGCGCCGAUAGCCGCAUCCACCGCUCACAGCGGCGACCUCUCCGCCGAGCUGCGCUCGCUCAUGGCGCCCGAGCCGCUCGAGGAAUGUGAUUCUGCACCUGUAAGCAUGGAGCCAAAGAUCACAAUAGACCACCUCGAGGCGGCGAAACGGUUGCGUGCCAUCUUUCAGAGCGUGCGCACUUUAUCUCCCGCGAGUGGCGGGAAAUGCGAUUCCUGUGUCGCUACCGAGAGUAUAGUGCUAGAGAUCUGCGCGCGCGUUCAGGAGCUUAGUGAGGCUGUUGUGAUCGGUAACGCAACAAUUAACACAGGCGAAGGCACCGAAGCCGCAGUCAAUGCACACUCAUCGACGCAAACUGACUCGAACGCAGUCGUCGAAUCGCUCACACAGACCGAGCCGCUGUCGAUGCCGAUGCCAACCGAAAUUAGCACCGUCGUGGUCGACGUCGAUCGGGGCGCUGCCGAUUCGCAAGAGAAAGAACUCGCGCUCGUUGUCCGCAAAUAUGAGGAUGAGAAGAGGAAGGACGAUGAAACUAUUAGGGAACUGGAGGCGAGCCUCGAGCAGAUGCGCGACGAGUACGAGCGCUGCGAGGAGUACUGGGCGCGCAAGCUCGACGACGAGCGCGCCGCCCACGACCACGAGCGCCGCGCCGGCGACGAGCGGCUCGCCGAGCUGCUCGCGCGCGUCGCCGACUACGAGCGCUCGUUCGCGGGCGGGCGCGCGCCCACGCUGCCCCCCAUCGAGGAGCGGGCCGCGCUCGAGGCGCAGGCGGCCGACGCCGAGCGGGAGCUGGCCGAGUGCCGCGCCCGCGCCGCUGGCGACCUGCGCGCGAGGGACGACGAGCUGCGACGCCUGAGGGCGCAGGUUGCGCACGCGCAGGCGCAGGCGAUGCAGACGCCUGCGUGCCUGUGGUGCGGGGGCGGGUGCGGGGGCGGGGGCGGCGUCGGCGUCGGCGGGCUGGAGGCGUGGGUGUCGCGACAGGCGUCGGUGCUGAGAGCUCGAGCUGGUCGCGCUGAGGCGGCGGUGAGGCGACUCACGGCGCGGCUGCACGCGGCAGACCUGCUCGUCAAGGACCUGUACCUGGAGAACUGCCACCUGGCGCAUCGCCGCGCGCCCUGACACCCGGCGACCCUCCUCCGACAAUAGUGCCUGCGUUUCCAUGCGAACGAACGACGUUUAGUGUCGGUCGCUCGAAAAGUGUUAUCACAGUGUUCCAAAAACGUUUAGUGUCGAUCGCUCGAAAAGUGUUAUCACAGUGUUCCAAAAACGUUUAGUGUCGAUCGCUCGAAAAGUGUUAUCGCAGUGUUGUGUUCCGAACGGUCCCUCGCUCUCUCCGGGGGUCCGCUCUCCUUCCCCGAAACGAAAUUUCGAUGACGAAGUUCGAACGAAAUUUAAUUUCGUCGAUUCAAGGUUAUGCUCGAUGUGAACGGUGAUCUAUCGAAUGGAAGCUUUCUUUGAGUGGGUCUAGAAAAUCUACACCUCGAUCUAUAUUCCGACGACGAAUAUUAUUAUAGUUAAAGACGAACCGAAAACAUGGUGAGAAGAGUGCGAAGUUUCGAUCGAAAUUUCGGUUUUCGUUGAAUGAGAGUAGGCAUCCGGAUUCGGUUUCGAGUGCGGUGUGCGUGUGUGCGAAACGACCGCAAAGUGUGUUCCGAAGAUUAAUGAAGCGAUCGGAAAAAAUAGGCCUUUGAUAAAUAAUUUUAUAUAGAGAGACUAGAUAGCCGUAGAUCUCGAGUGAGCCUCGGAUGCAGGAUCAAAAAGAUGAUUGCUUUUCCUGUUUGACAUUUAUGAUUGAAUUUUUUUAUUAAAAAGUCAAAUUAUUAAUAAGGAGAAUGAAAGAUACUAAAUUAAUUAAAAUUAAAUUAUGAUUAUUCAUAGACGCUUUUUGACUAAGAUUAUAAAAAAAAAUAGAAAUUAAAUAAAAACUGAUUUGUUUAACAAAUUUAUAACUAAAUAUACUUACACAGUAACGAGUACAAUUGCUCUAAGAUUUAUCUUAGUCAGUCUGAAAUUUGCCAUUUGUCAAUGCAAUUUAAUUUCUAAUAACUUUGUAACCUGCCAAGUAAUAUUUGCCGAAAAGUUAAAUGUAACCCUGUCAAUAAUUGUUUUACCUGUUUCCAAUUUAAUAAGAAUUCUCAACCAUAGUAUGACUGAAGUCAAAAGGCACUUAAUAAAUUGUGAUAAAUUAUUUCCAUAUGUGUUGUUUGUAGAUUAUGUAGCUACAUAAUUAUUUUGUCAUUACUCAGGUGUGAUGAAAACUUCAUAUCAAUAUUUUUAUUCCAAAAACUUUAGUUGUAAGAGUAACGUAUGAACGAACUCAUCCAUGGACAUGACCCUAUAUAAUUCCUGUGAAAUAGAAAUGUUACACUAGUAAUCUGUAUAAAACCUCACCACAUAAUAAUAUAAAUGUAUUAUGUUUGCCAAUUUGUGAGAAUCAAAGAUGCAACUUCACAUAGCAGUACUUGUAUGAUCGCAGAAUUAUAUCUACAAGUGAUUCAGUACACACUCACGUAUUGUAAACAAAAAUCAGUGUUGGUUAGAGUAGUAAUCUAAUUACUUACACAACAGUGCCUACAUGUAUAUAAUAUAUUCAUAAUAUUAUCUAAUUAAUAUAGAUAGAAUAAUUUUGUAUGUAUACCUAAUUAUGGCGAUGCACAAGUCGCACAUGUCUUGUUGCACAGUCGCAGAUAUAAUAUAAUUAUGGCGAUGCACGAGUCGCACAUGUCUUGCAGGUUUGAUGAAACCCGUCAAGUACAGUUUGUACACGCAUCCGCUACGUUGUGAACGCUGGUUCCUUAUGUUGUGUUCCUUGUGAUAGAUAUGCUCAGAUUUGUUUACGUACACAUGUUAUGUGCAGUUUAAAAAGUCGAUGAUUCGCCACUUUUAAGCAGGGCUCGAUCUAGAAAUUUUGCCUCUUCGGGCAUAGCUUUUUACCUCCCUUUAAUGACGUACUUUUAUUUUGUCGCUUCGGCCAAAGAUUUUUACCUCCCUUUAAUGGCGUACUUUUAUUUUGCCCCUUCGGGCAAACAUUUUUGCCUCCCUUUAAUGACGUACUUUUAUUUGGCUCGCUCCCCCCUCCCCCCCCUGGAUCGGGCCCUGCUUUUAAGAGAUCAAUCUUAAGAUUUUUUUAGUUUUAUAAUAGAGUUAUGGAAUAAAUAUAAAGAGAUUGUUUGUAAAAGAGAUUGUGGUUUGCAUCAUGCAACGGUAUUGGCACAGGUCGAUCUUUCAAGGGUUGCGUGUAAAUAAAUUGAGUUUUCUGUGUUGCUUUUAGUUGGGUACCUUCGAUCUUUCGAAUUCCAAUAUGCAAGCUAAUAACUUGGGAUCAACUAAACUAAAAAGGGGAUUUUUAUAGUCGUUGAGUGACAAUCGUUAUGAUCAAGCAUCCCGGUGUGUGAAACCGGAUUCUGCUUUUUCUUUGAAAAAAUUAAUUGUAUUCAGACAAAAUUACAAUGACGCCUUUUUAGCGAUGCUGAUACGAUGUCGCAUUUUAUUUUAAAAGCGGCAGACGAUAUUCUUUGAGUGCCCUGUAAUUAGCAACCCUGCUUAACUUUCUUCUGUCCCCGUAGCGACCAUAUUAUCAUCCAUCCCACAGAACACGUAAAAAGAGGUUAGAAGGGUGAUAAGCGAUCGCCAGUAUCAGCGCUCACAGCCGUGACUGUAAGCGGUAAUGACAAUACUCUCUCACUGAGCGUUCGCGGGCAACUAAACCACGCGAUCGGACGUUACGGUCAAGUUAUGAGCAUUUGCUCAUAACUGUGACGCGCCUGCCCCGCCCACAAGGCCAUUCUAAGCUCUUUCUGUGUUUUGUGAUCCACCCCCCCCCCCCCCCCCCCCUUCCUUACGCGCUACGUGCACUUACGAUUUGCACUCUUGUUUUGGUUGGUCUCUCAUCUCUCGUCGAAAUAUAGUAAUUUAUUAUCUCUGGUGUGAAGAGCCCCGGGCCCCACCUGCCUUCAAUGAGGCACUGCUUUCCCCUUAGCGUGACCAUCUAAACGUGAUAUCAUAAAGCUGUUUUGGACAUUGAUAUGUGUCGAUAGAAGCUUUAUCAUAUCAUAUGGAUGUGCUCAUGCUAGGAGGGCAAAUGCCAAAAUGCGAAUCUUCAUAAUCAAGUGUCGAUAAAUCGUUGUGUAGUUUUUGCGUUUCGUGCUACGGGGGCCGCCUGCACAUUGGAUCACUGUGCUGGGUGGAUGGCAUUUAAUUAAAAUAAUACCUAUUGAUCUUAAUCAAAAUGUAAUAGCAAUAUGUUUGAUUCCUCUUGGGAGAAACGGGUAAAAAUGCGAAUAAAUUAAUUACUGUUUAUAAAAUAUUUUUAUUUUUUAAUCAUUUAACUGCUAGAUGUUUAAAUCUAAAAAAUAUUGAAUGAAUUACUAUUAACAUAUUAUGGAAUCUGUAUUGUUAUGCCAUAAAUUGAAUACUUUGUAUACCUAAUAUACUUCAUGAAAAACGGCAAUUUCAUAGGUAAAGACCUAUGAAAUUGCCAUUUUUCAUGCAAUAAGCCAACGCCUUUUUUCUAUAUUAUUUAUUUAAUUACUUAAAGUAAUUACCAUUGCAAUCAAUGCAUUUAAAAAUAAAAAUAAUUCGAAUUUAAAAUUCUGCGCGAAAAAAAAAUGGACUUGAAAUAAUAAUGCGACUUAAUAUGAUAGGUAUGCAAUAGAACGGCAAAUUCAUGGGUAUAGACCUAUUAGUAAUAUUAGGACCCUUAAAUUGUAUGUUAGUAACAUGUACUUUUUAAGUGUCGCACACAGACCCGUCUUUCCCAGUGGGCACUUUGGGCAAGAGCCCAGGGCCCUGCGAUCGAUAGCGGGCCCCCUCAGAUCAAAUACAAAGUCCCUAGUUCCUGUUAAAUCACCAAACGGAAGUCAUAGGGGCCCCAUUAUCCUAAUAUGCCCUGGGGGCCAAUCGCCUAACUGGAUUGCUUUGGAAAACGCUAUCGCUUACGAUUUCAUUUUGUUUUUUCUAGCCCCCUGAGGUUUUCAAAUGCCUCGCGCUCUUUUUUUUUCUUUUGCAUUGGUAAUAACAAUGUUAAAGAAAAUGAGCGUGAGGUAUUUCGGCGGUUAGAAAUAACAAAAUGAAAUCGUAAGCGAUAGCGUUUUCCAAAGCAAUCCAGUUAGGCGAUUGGCCCCCAGGGCCUCCAAUAGGUGAAAGACGGCACUGGUCGCAAAUGUUGUACGUACGUAAUGUUGAAUAGGUAUAAUGCGAAUCAAAUAAGAAUAGGAAAGCCAAUGACCUCCAUCUGUCAAAUGACGCUUGAAAAGUACGGUUUGCAAAAAAUCUUGGAACUCGUUUUUAGCACUCUGCUAAUAAAAAAACCAAACAUUUGUAAACAAACAUGACGACGAUGACAACUCCGGUAGUUAUGCAGAGCUGAGCGGAAUUGAAGAGCUAGAUUCCGAUUAAUAUUUUUACUCACAAAGUCAUAAAUGAUAUUAAAAAUCGGUGUUUUAUUUUCUCAAUCUUAGUAAAUAAGUUUUAUUUAAAAAAAACUGAUGUUUUUUCUCACUUAAUCUAAGUAAAUAAGUUUUAUCGAAGAAAAACUUUUAUUGCUCACUCUACCUAUUUUGUUUCAAUUGACAGCUUUGACAUCACAAAAUGGCGCCCAGUCGAUCCUAUUCUUAGUUGAACCGCAUUAUACGUAGAAUUUUACAAAAUCCCUUAGCUUAACAUAAGACAUUUUUCUGUAAUUAUUUCACUGGUUUUUGACGACGUUUUGUUAUAGCGAUGGUGACUACUAGGGAACUAAGAUCACGUAAAUGUUAAUAAGCCCAGUGAUCCAAUGUGUUAGAAUAGAACGGGUAAGCAAAAGGAUUUGCACAUUACAGCAACUUCACGCAAACUCCACCCUAAUGCGACACAGUAUUGCAGUGAAAUGUAUUCCUAUGGCUGGUAUUUUCAAUACGGUGAAAAUUAAGUCUGAACCAUAGUAGUUUGCAGUGUCAUAACCAUUGAAACCCAUUCCGCUAUAGGUACACUACUUUUAAAGAACUAUUGAAAUUUCUACGUAAGUCCAAGGGGGUGAAGUUUUCAUUGAGUUGUUGUUGAUUCUGCGUAGAUACAGUUAAAGAAGUUGGCUGUAUGUCAUCUAAAGGCGAUAUAAGCUUGCUCGCCAACUUUUUCAGAGUUCCUCUGUAAGAGUACCUACUAAGCUAUGCCAAAGUGGCAGCUGGCAAACUCUUUUGACUGUUUCAGUAUGGCCUAGAGACCCGUGUUUCCCAGUGGGCACUUUGGGCAAGAGCUCAGGGCCCCGCGAUCGAUAGGGGGCCCUCUCAGAUCAAAUACAAAGUGCCUAGUUCCUGUUAAAUCACCAAACGGAAGUCAUAGGGGCCCCAUUAUCCUAAUAUGCCCAGGGCCUCCAAUAGGUCAAAGACGGCACUGAUGGCCUGGUUGUUAUUGUGCAACAACGAAUCAAUACCUCGAUACUACGUAGCGUAAACAAAAUAGGUAGUUCAAUCACUGAUGGCUAGAAAAAAACAAACUGUUAGGUUUUAUUUCGCUUUACUUGUCGUUACCCUUAGAGCAAGCGCACAUUGAGCCACUAAACUCGUUUUCAUAUAUUUUGUAUAGUAAUAGCACAAAGCCACCAGCGGCGGCGAUCGGUGGCUGCGUCUAGUGGCUUGACUGAGCCACUCAAGCGCUUGCUCUUAGCUGUCAUACGAGUGUGACAAUAAUCCCCACAGUCCACUCAAUCAUCCUGUCAGGUAUCGUGAUUGAUAUCAUGCUGCACCGUGAGUCGUGGGGCACCAUGUUAUGUUCGAAAGAUAGAUGCAUAAUUAUAUAUAUGUGAUUAUUAAAGUGUUGAACCAAACAA